UCGAUUAUUAAAUCUCAUGACAAAAAUAAGCCUUUAUUUCUCAUGUUGGCGCACAAUGCCCCGCACUGCGCCAACGAAGGAGCUCCCCUGCAAGCUCCUCCCGACCAAGUGAGGGCAAUGAGAUAUGUCCAAUCUCCUCAGCGAAGAAUUUAUGCAGCAAUGGUUAAAAAAUUAGAUGACAGUGUUGGAGAAGUUUUCAAGGCACUAUACGAUAAAGGAAUUUUGGACAACACUAUUAUUGUGUUCAUAUCAGAUAACGGUGGAAUAACUUCGGGCUCAACUGUCAAUUAUGCGUCCAAUUUUCCAUUGAGGGGCCUUAAAUUAUCUCCGUUUGAGGGGGGUGUGAGAGUCAAUGGAUUAAUUUGGAGUAGAAAUUUAACAGAGACAAAUCACGUUUGGAAAGGGUACAUGCAUGUUGUUGAUUGGACUCCUACGUUGUUGAGCGCAGUAGGAUCCACACCACCCAAGAAUAUAGACGGUAUUGAUCAUUGGGAAAGCAUAGUUUCAAACAAAUAUUCUAAGCGAAAUGUUAUAUAUGAAAUUGAUGACUACUUUGGAUUCUCUUCGGUCAUUUCCGAUGAUUUUAAAUUACAUACAGGAACAGUAUUAAAAGAAUAUAGCAAUCAUCAAGGCAAAGAAUUAAGGGGUGUUAUUGGAAAUAUCCCAUCGUACACGAAUGCAAUUACACAAAGUAGAAUUUAUGCCGUCCUAAAUGAAAUGCAAAUCCCGUUUAAUUUGAGUUAUAUCAAUCAGCGAAAUGAAAUGAAAAUUCAAUGUACUAUUGACAACAGCAUGAAUUUAUGCUAUCCUGAUAUCAAUAAACAUUGUCUGUACAACAUAAAAGAAGAUCCGUGUGAGACUGAAGACUUGUCAAUAAAAAAUCCGCAAAUCGUUGAAAAGUUAAAUUCCCUACUAAAAGAAGAAAUGAAGAGAAUGGUACGAAGAAGAGUGCCAUUAAUAAAAGACUUGAGAGCGAAGCCCACUCUUCAUAAUAAUACUUGGACAACGUGGGCAGACAACAUCGGAUCAUGAUUACAAAAAAAAAAAAAACGAAUUACAUUUUAUUGAAAUACAUAUCAAGUUAUUAUUUUAUUGAAAUGUUUUUAUAGUGUAUAAUGAUUCAAGUGAGCUAAGUUGCUUGUUUGACAUGAGGCUGUGGGUUGCAGCCCGAGCAGCAGGCGAGGGCCUAAAUCAGCCGAGUCUCUAGUUUCAUACGCAAUUUUCAACAUUAUUGUGAAAAAAAAAACAAACAUGUAUAAACAACACAAAAAUAAAAGAAAUUCAUCGGAAA